ACAAUGUUUUCCCUCCCUCUCACGCUCUUGCUCCCGCUCCUGGCCUUAUGCCCAAGCAUUUCAAACGCUCGACCAUCACAUCCUCGACACAAGGAUGCUACUACAGGAGUUGGCUCGAUGAUGCUGACCGAUAUGAGUCGUUCAGACCCAUUCGCCAAAGACGGCCGACCUCGGUCUAUCAUGGUGUCUAGCUUCUUCCCGGUUUCCAACUGCCUCCAGAGGACCUCGAUACCAUACAUGCCUCCGGGAACAGGAAAAUUCAUAGACGAAAAAUUUGGGGCCUAUGGUUUACCAAACGGAACAUUCAGAGAGUUCACCAUCGAAGUUUGUGGAAAACUCUCUAAACACGCACAAUGUCCGCCAGGGGGUUGGCCGCUCGUUCUAUUUUCCGGGGCGCUCGGUACCUCGAGACAUCUCUACAAUAUCAUGUUGCAGAAUGUUGCAGCCAGAGGCUACCUGGUGGUUUCAAUUGACCAUCCCUAUGAUGCCGACAUCGUCGAAUUUACGAAUGGUACCAUCAUCCACGGCGUUGAUAUCGGUAGCGACGCUGAAAUCGAGCUCGCACUAGACGCGCGUGUCAGUGACAUCAUCUUCGCCCAAAACCAGCUGCGUAAACGAUCCGUUGCCGACAAACUCUUCCCAGGGCAUCUCCAGAAUGGCAGGCUACCCAAAGUAGCUGUUUUUGGGCACUCCCUAGGUGGUGCAGCUGCAGCCGCCGCAAUGUCCAAAUCCACUGAUCUUUUGGGGGGAGCCAAUCUCGAUGGAACUUUCUUCGGACCAGUCGUGACAGAUGGGCUCGAUCGCCCUUUUAUGUUGAUUGGCCAUGAGAACAAAACAAGGGAGACUGAUCCUUCAUGGGAUGCGAUCUGGCCUCAUCUGCACGGCUGGAAAAAGCAAUAUGAAGUAAAAGAGACGGCACAUUAUAGUUUCUCGGAUCUUCCCUUCGUGGCUUUUGCUAGCGGUAUUCAGGAUCUACUACCGGUCGAAGUUGAGGGACUUCUUGGCAGAAUGAAUGGAGAAAGAGUCAUGAAGCUGACUACCAGUUAUGUAGUGGCAUUUUUGGAUAUGUUUCUGAAGUCAGAGGCAGAAGGAGCGUUUCAAAAGCUCGGGAAGAAAUUUUCCGAGGUAGUAGAAGUAGUCUGA